CUUGAUUCAAAUCACUUUUCACAUUUUGGCGCGAAUAGUAGCGCGUUUUAAGUGGCGCCACUAUUCGCGCCAAAAUGUGAAAAGUGAUUUGAAUCAAGAGAUACUUUGCUGCCUGUCGAUUCACAUAAUAAGCUCUUCAGAAAAAAAAUUUGGACCGAUUCUGUUCCCCGUAUAAAAAGUCGGUUUUGCGCUAAUGAAAGGUGACAUUCAAUUCGCACUCUCUAAAUGCUAGAAGAUAGAGCAGCUCGAGAACUAGUAAUAUGCAUAAAAAUGCUUUGUAUCCCUGUCCUGAUAAAGCACUAGAAGCUGUCAGAAAAGAACCUUUUGUAUAGUACUUACAUGAGUCACCAUCGGAUAGCAACUUAUUACACUCAUUACUACACAUCAAGAUAAAUAAAAAUAACGUGAAAAAUCUUGUAAGUUGGUUUUGUAAGUUCUUACAAAUCUCUUAUCACACUCUUUUGAGACUCUCACAAAAUUCAUGGCACCUUCAAACCUUUUCCCAUAUAAGAUUAUUAUAAGAUUCGGAUAAUCCGAAUCUUAUAGAUUCGUCAGAUAAGUCAGAGAAAAUCUUUUUAAUUUUUUUAAUAUAGUAGCUCAAGUCAAAAAAACGGCCCGUUAACGUUCUCAGAAAGACAAAAAAACGGUCAGUAAAUGGUAGGAAAACAUAUACAAAACGAUCAAUUUAAGACCCUAAAACGGGACGAGUUUUAGGUUCUGAAGACGGUCCGUUUACGGCACGUUAACUUACCGUUAACGACCGGUUUAUUGGCCGAUAAAGGUACCGCUUUCUUGGACCUGGGUAGUGCUAAUUAUAAUUUCUAUUCCAAAGUUUGUUGAGCCAUCUGUUAGAUGUUUCACAGAUUGUUAUAUACUAUUAAAUUUUACUGAUGCAGAUAUUCCAGUAGAUCAAUGUACUAAAAAUAAUGUCUCUGACAGCUGCUUGAUUACAUUAAUUGCUAACCAACCGAAAGAUGAUGAGUUUGCUACAUUUCAAGCUGUUGAUGCAGAUACGAUGCCAUUAUUUUUUACGGAUGGAAAACCGUAUGAAGUAUUGAGAACAAUGAUAUGGUUUCGAAAAAAACAAACAAAACGAACAUUUUCUUAUAUGUGUUCGAAAGAAGCUUUCUGCGGUGUUCAAAAAGCACAAGAUGUGUUUGAUGAACUAAAAGAAUUUUAUAUUGAUUCAGUAUGGAAUAAUCUAGGAGGUUAUUUAUUAACGAAAUCCUGUAAGCAGCAAAGAAAGGAAAGAAGAAUGAUUUAG